UCUGUCUUGUUCAUUAACAAUAUACAUGUAGACUUGUGAUCUUUUAUAUUCAUCAUCAUUUUGAUCGCAUGAUAUCCAGUAAAAUAAAAAGAAAAAAAAGCUACGUGUAAAUAGAUUAGAUUAUAAUUAUAUUAAAUAAAUUCGAUACUUGGUUUCAGUUAAUUUUAUUGACAAACGAUGUCUGUUCACUGCCAUAUUUAAUCAUCAAUAAUACCGGGGUCAAGAAAAUAAAAUACAUAACAAAUAGUUGAAUUAUUAUAAAACGAAAAUGGCUAAACUAUUUGUAUUUACAAUAGUUUUGCUAUUAAUUAGUGGUAUAAUUGCUGAAGAUGAUGAAAAAUUAAGUCAUGAUCAAGAUUUUAGUGAUGGUGAAGAAAAAGUAGUUGCUUAUACAAGUCCAAUUCUAUCAGGUUUUGCAUAUUUAGCUGAGCAUUUUGAUGAUCAAGAUAGUUUUUCAAGAAAUUGGAUUAAAUCCGAGGCCAAAAAAGAGGGAAUCGAUGAGGAAAUAGCAAAAUAUGAUGGUACUUGGGCAAUUGAAGAGCCAAUAAGAAGUGUACAAAAUGGAGACCUUGGUCUUGUUUUAAAAAGUACAGCACGUCAUGCUGCAAUAUCAUCAUUAUUAAAUAAACCAUUUGUAUUUAAUGAUAAACCAUUGAUUGUACAGUAUGAAGUUUAUUUACAAGAAGGACAAGAAUGUGGUGGUGCUUAUCUUAAAUUAUUAACUGAAGAUUCAAAUGGUAAAAUUGAUUUAAAAAAAUUUCAUGAUAAAACACCAUAUACAAUUAUGUUUGGACCAGAUAAAUGUGGUAAUGAUCAUAAACUACAUUUUAUAUUCCGUCAUAAAAAUCCAUUAAAUGGUACAAUUGAAGAAAAACAUUGUAAAAAACCAAAAGAUAGACUUGAAGAUUUUUUUAAAGAUAAAUUACCACAUUUAUAUACAUUAAUUGUACGACCAGAUAAUACAUUUACAAUUAAAAUUGAUAAUAAAAUAAUAAAUGAAGGAUCAUUACUUGAUGAUUUUCAACCACCAGUUAAUCCACCAUUAGAAAUUGAAGAUCCAAAUGAUAAACAACCAGAAGAUUGGGAUGAUAGAGAAAAAAUACCAGAUCCAUCAAAAGUUAAACCUGAUGAUUGGGAUGAAGAUGCACCAGCUCAAAUUGUUGAUGAAAAUGAUAAAAUGCCAGAUGAUUGGCUUGAGGAUGAACCAAUAAAUAUACCAAAUCCAGAUUCAGUUAAACCAGAUGAUUGGGAUAUUGAAAUUGAUGGUGAAUGGGAACCACCAGAAAUAGCUAAUCCAAAAUGUGAAAAUGCACCUGGAUGUGGUCCAUAUAAACAAAAGCUAAUUGAUAAUCCAAGAUUUAAAGGUAAAUGGCGUGCACCAUUAAUAAACAAUGUCAAUUACAAGGGUAAAUGGAAACCAAGACUUAUUCAUAAUCCAGAUUAUUUUAAUGAUGUAAAUCCAUUUAAAAUGAUGCCAAUUCGAGCAAUUGGAUUUGAAUUGUGGUCAAUAUCUGGUAAUAUUCUUUUUGAUAAUUUAAUCAUAACUGAUGAUGAAGCUACUGCUAAAAAAUGGGCUGAUGAUACAUUUGAAAUACGUCGUAAUAAAAUAGCAAGAGAAAGUUGGAGCGUUUGGAAUCAAUUGGUUAAUUUUACAAGUGAAAAUCCUUGGAUUUGGGCUGUGUAUAUUAUCGUUGCGUUUAUUCCUGUAUUAUUAAUUGUUUAUUGUUGCUGCUUUAGUACACAGGAUUCAAUGGAAGAUACUUAUCCAACAAAAGAAUUUGAUAAUGGCAAUGAUGUUGAUCCACUUGAUGAUGAAUCACCUGGUGAUGUUUUGCCAGAAACACCUGAACAAAGUCCUCGAGAAAAUGAGGCUGCACCAGAGAGUGAAAAUGAUGUUGACAGUGAUAACAUCAAUGAGACUGAUCAAGUUGUAGAGAGUGAAGAAAAGGAUGAAAAUUUGGGAGACACUGAUGGACCACGUAGAAGAAAGCCAAAUAAAGAAUAACAAUCUUAUUUGUAAAGAUUAAAACAAUAUCUUCUUUUCUUUUUUUUUAAUAGAAAAAAAAAAAAAAGAAUAUAAAA